AUGGCGAAGCACCCAAGGAUAAUCUUGUACCUUGACAAAGUCCAAGAGAUAUUGAAGGUGUUCCCUACCUUCAUCAUCCAACAAGUGCCCCAUGUAGAGAAUGCGCAUGCAGAAGCACAGGAAAACCUUGGAUUAGCGCUGGAUACCAAGUUCAGACACUCCAUCCCUGUCGAACACCGUGACCGACCAAAUAUCGAAGAAAUGGAGCUGAUCGACACAAUGCAGAUCGACGAGGACCCCAGCUAG